UGUCAUAUGACCAGCGCUCUGCUGUCAUUUAUGCUAUUCAGCACCAGUUAGCAAAGCACAUCGAUCAACUUCAGCUUUCUCAGGUUUUAUUCUCUUUAUCCAACGAUGGCAGCAUUGGUGGCAAACAGGGUAAUGGACGUCAACGGCUUGCAGGCAGCUGCGAGGACACACACCCAGGCAGUGACCAGAAAUUACAUCUCUCAGCCCAGGCUAACCUACUCUACUGUGUCAGGUGUAAAUGGACCCUUGGUGAUCCUGGAUAAUGUAAAGUUCCCCAGAUAUGCUGAGAUUGUUCACCUGACCCUUCCCGAUGGCACCAAGAGGAGUGGGCAGGUCCUGGAGGUGAUUGGAAGCAAAGCAGUUGUCCAGGUGUUUGAGGGAACAUCAGGCAUCGAUGCCAAGAAGACAGCUUGCGAGUUCACUGGUGACAUCCUGCGUACCCCUGUGUCAGAGGACAUGCUGGGGCGUGUGUUCAAUGGCUCCGGCAAACCCAUCGACCGUGGGCCCAGUGUUCUGGCUGAGGACUACCUGGACAUCAUGGGUCAGCCCAUCAACCCUCAGUGCCGUAUCUACCCUGAGGAGAUGAUCCAGACUGGCAUCUCAGCCAUUGAUGGCAUGAACAGCAUUGCCAGAGGGCAGAAGAUCCCAAUUUUUUCUGCUGCUGGGCUGCCCCACAAUGAGAUUGCUGCCCAGAUCUGUCGCCAGGCCGGCCUGGUGCAGAAGUCCAAGGAUGUGAUGGACUACAGUGCUGAGAACUUUGCCAUAGUCUUUGCAGCCAUGGGGGUCAACAUGGAAACUGCCCGCUUCUUCAAGUCUGAUUUUGAGGAGAAUGGCUCUAUGGACAACGUCUGCCUUUUCUUGAACCUGGCCAAUGACCCCACCAUCGAGCGUAUCAUCACCCCUCGCCUGGCACUCACUUCAGCAGAGUACCUGGCCUACCAGUGCGAGAAGCACGUCCUGGUCAUCCUGACUGACAUGAGCUCCUACGCUGAGGCUCUGAGAGAGGUCUCUGCUGCCCGAGAGGAAGUGCCCGGCCGUCGAGGCUUCCCCGGCUACAUGUACACAGAUCUGGCCACCAUCUACGAACGUGCCGGCCGAGUGGAGGGCAGGAACGGCUCCAUCACCCAGAUUCCCAUUCUCACUAUGCCCAAUGACGACAUCACCCAUCCAAUUCCUGAUCUGACUGGAUACAUCACAGAGGGUCAGGUCUACGUUGACAGGCAGCUGCACAACAGACAGAUCUACCCACCCAUCAAUGUGUUGCCCUCACUGUCCCGUCUGAUGAAGUCGGCCAUUGGUGAGGGGAUGACCAGGAAGGACCAUGCAGAUGUUUCUAACCAGCUGUAUGCCUGUUAUGCCAUUGGUAAGGAUGUCCAGGCCAUGAAGGCUGUGGUGGGAGAAGAGGCCCUCACCUCUGAUGAUCUGCUCUACCUUGAGUUCCUGCAGAAGUUUGAGAAAAACUUUAUUGCUCAGGGCCCGUACGACAACAGGACAGUGUAUGAAACACUGGACAUUGGCUGGCAGCUGCUGCGAAUCUUCCCCAAGGAGAUGCUCAAGAGGAUUCCUCAGAGCACCCUUGCAGAGUUCUACCCUAGGGAGUCUGCCGCCCGUCACUGAGGGGUGCUCCAUUCUAGCCCCAUUCACCUUUCUACCCACAGAUCUCACAUCUCACAUCUCACCCCACAGCCCUGCACUUCAAGGUGCUCGGAUACCAUCGUCAUCAAGCCUUCACCCAUCUCAAACUUGGCCUCCUUUCUCCACUGUUCUUAUUACCUCCAGUUCAUUUUCUCAUUGUGAAUCCCCCCGCCCCCCACCGCCACCACCACCACCCUGAAUGAGAACAGGGCAAUAAUGUCCCCCUUCUGUAGAUGUACUGUAGCGUAUCAGUUGUGUAUGGAAAGUGUCUGUGCUUGUAAUGUCUUUCCUUGAGUGCAAAAACGUGAACAUAUCCUUGAAAUGAUAGAUCGGUCCUUUAUUUAUUGGGAUGUUUUACUGCUGGAUCCACCUCCUUGUUUUUUUUU